AUGGUCAAAAUUUACGGAUUAUUCAUCUUGAAACAACAACAUUCAAGCAAACCUUUAGUGUUGAGUAGUAAUGUAGAUAGUGGAUGGUAUAGUUUCUUCUAUACUGAUCAAAUCACAGAAAUUACAGUCUUUUUGGCUAAAUUAUUGGCAGAAAAGACUCAACCUGGGUUGAGACAACAAGUUGAAAAGGAUGAUUUGGUUGGUUAUGUACAAAAAACAAAGGAAGGAAUGAGUUGUGUAUUGGUCACUGAUAAGGAUUAUCCAUUAAGAGUGGCUUUUGAUUUGGUUAGAUAUACUUUGAGAGCAUUCUCAGAUUGGUUGAUGAAGUCUUCCUUCACAACAUUCACAAAGGACAAUGAAUGUUCGCAAUUUAAUGCCCAACUCAAAGAACUCAUGACCAAAUAUCAAGAUCCAACCAAAGGAGACACCAUGUAUAAGCUUAAACAAGAUAUCGAAGACACUAAGGAAGUUCUCCAUCAAACUCUUGAUAAAUUAUUGGAACGAGGAACUCAUAUUGAUAAGCUCAUUGAACAAACCAAUGAAUUAUCGGAUGGAGCUAAAGAUUUUUAUAGAAAAACUAGAAAAUCAACUUGUUGUACCAUUUUGUAA